AUGCCAGUUGUACCAGGAGACAGAUCGUGUGGUAUAUCAGAGAAUAUGUCCAACCGCAGAUGCUCUUGUGGCACCGUGUUCUGCGUGAUCUACAACGGGGAGUCCUGCGCGCUCAAGGUGGGGCAGGCCAUAGAGAAGGACACCUUUCAGGAAGAGGUCAAAGUAAUGGAGCAGCUCGCGGGCGCCGGGGGAGCGCCCCUCGUCCUGGCGACGUGCCCCGAGAAGCCCGCAUUCGUCAUGACCUUGUGCGGGACACUGUCUCUCGACAGAUUCCUUAGAAAGAAGAAGAAGGCUAGCACGUGCGUCAAGGUCGCUCGCCUAGUGGCCAAGGCCCUGCGGGAGGUGCACGCAAAGGGCGUCGUGCACUGCGACCUGAAGAGCAACAACGUCCUUGUGGACGUGGACGCGAAUGGCAAGCCCACGGGCGUGCACAUCAUUGACUUCGGGUUGGCCCGGCCGGCCGGCACUCUCCUCAAGAUAAUGGUCCCCAAGGGGAGCGCCGGGGAGUGGUACUGCCCUUGCUUUUAUAUGGGCAAGCUUGUCUCCCUCAAGUGCGACAUGCAGGGCAUGGCCGACAUCCUAUCCGAUAUCGCCAAGUGCAACAGCGCCGUCGCCGACGACCUGCAAGAGCUGAUAACGAACGGCCGCCAUGCAAACCACAAGCAGCGUCUCUCGGCGAAGGAGACGCUGGCCAAAUUGAAGGCGAUUUCUGCCCUGAAAGGACGGAAGGUUACUUAA